GGCUGCCCGAGGAGGCGGCGGGGGAGCGUAGCGGCCGUGUCAUGCAGCCCCGGGAGAGCGGCGGCCACAGCAACUCCGACACGGACAGCGACGAGACUGUCGUGGAAGGCUCGGUGGAGGAGAGUGAUGUGGAGGAAGAGGAGUUCCGUAGGAAGAGGUUGGCUUUUGUUGACGAGGACAUUGCUUUAACAACUGAGAUAAAUACUGGUAAAGAAGCCUUUUCUCCAGAAAUCACUUUUAUACAGAAAUUUGAUGUCCACACACAUUAUUGCAGGGCAGAACUGAUAAAUCCAGUACUUCAAGAGGCAUACACAUCUGACCAGUCUCAGUCCCUACUGAAGGGUUGGAUAAACCAUUCAUCACCUACUGGAAAUAUUUCUAAACCUGGUUUUUCAUUAAAUUGUGCAGCAGAAGAACAGCAAAAUAAUUCUGUAGAUACCAAAUUGAAUGGAUUUCAGAAGGAUUCAGAAGAGAUACCACGAAGAUUGAGUAAUAAAGAUUGCUUUCCAGAAAAAAACCUCUGUCUACAUGAUCCUGUGGAAGACAUAAUAACAGUUGAAAAGGAACAGAUACCAGAAGAUACAUUUCCACAUGUUUUGGAUGAUUGCCACAGAACCUGCAUGACCAUUGUUGACACGGAUAAUGCAGUAAAAGAGCAUUCCCUUAAUAAUGAUACAGAUCUUUCACUGCCAUCCUCAGGGAAGAUUUUCAUGGAUGUAUUCACUGAACAGAAUAUAGAGACUAGCGUGGUUGACACCAGUGAUUUGUUGAGAUACCCUAGUGAUUCUGAGAGUCUUAAAGUUAAAAACCCAUUGCCUGACAAGUUGGAGUGUCAGAGUCAUGCCUGUUCCAUCGAUCCAUCAGCAACUGAGAGCAGUGAUGCCCUGCCAGUAGAGCUUGUGGUGCCUCUUAAUGCCUUGUCAGAAUCAGUGGUACAAACUGUCACUCCUGCAGUGCCAAAUGAGCAACAGCUUAACGCCAAGGAAGAGCAGCUAAAUUCAGAAACCAGUGUUCUGCAGCUAGAUGAUGACUGUACUCAAAUAACAAACGUGAUGGAGCCUCCUUGGCAUGAAGCCUCUUCCAUUCAGGUGGAAGAAAGAAAUGCCUUCGCAGGAUCUAACUUGGAGAGUGCAACAAAUGAGCAACCUGUGGGUGGUCAGCAGACAGAGAAAGAAGUAAUUUCAGAUUACUUGGAUGCCACCUUUAGUGAAAAACAAACUGGGGAGGGACAUUCGUAUUCAGUGGAGCCUGCAGUGUGUGAAGAAACAGCCCAAACAACAUCAGGUAAAAUUCAGAAAUCUACUUCUGAAGACAAACAGGAUCUAGAAACCAUCCUUUGGCAAGAAAUACUUCUGAACGAGUAUGCAGAAGCUAAUCAGAGGAGAAGGAGCAAGAGAAUUGACAACAAACGGAGACGAGAAGCCUUUGGUAGAAAUUCCGUAAAUCCAACUCGCCCCCUUUCACUUUCAACAAUCCACAGGAGAAAUGUGUAUGGUGAAAACUUACUGCAUAGAGCUGUUACUCACCAAGACAUAAACCUUGUACGUAGGAUAAUAAAAGCCGGGGCAAAUGUAAAUGCUCAGGAUUAUGCUGGCUUGACUGCGCUACAUAUAGCAAGUGUGGAAGGCUUUUAUAGGAUAGCAAAUCUGCUUUUGAAAGCAGGAGCUGAUGUUAAUGCUACACAAAAGGAACAAAUAACACCCUUGCAAGAUGCAGUUAAAGAAGGCCACUAUGAGAUGGCAAACUUAUUACUUUGGUAUGGAGCUGAUCCCUUAUUAAAAAAUGACGUGGGAAGGUGUGCAUUAGACGAAGCUUCUAACCCAGCCAUGAAGAAACUUCUUAAAUGUUAUCUAGCAAAAUCUAGAAGAUACUCAGUAGCAGGUGGAGGUGAUUCAAAGAACAUGUUAGAUACUCAGUGUGUAGAAGGUACAAACGAGCACCAGAUUUCCUUACAGACAGAGGAAUCAGAACCAGCAUGUGCAAAUCCUCAGGAGACAAGCCGAAAAGCAAACGCAAGCUCGUUUUUCAGUAGCAGCAGCAACAAGCUUUCAUCUCAUCAAUCACAAUUGAGUCGAGCAUCAGAGCAGCAAACACCUAAGAAGUCAGAGUCUACCAGGGAAGAAACUGUAAUUGUACAUGGUACCUGUAAGACAAGAACUGGGAAAAAGAAGAAAAUUAGGAGAAAUGCAGCAGGGGAAACUCAGCUCCAUACUGCUGCUAGGAGAGGAAAUGUGUCUUUGGUGAAGACUCUAAUAUCAUCUGGAAUUUGUGUCAAUGAACAGGACUAUGCAGGUUGGACAGCAAUUCAUGAAGCCUCUAAUGGAGGAUUUACUGAUGUGAUCUUAGAAUUACUGAAAGCAGGUGCUGAUGUUAACAGCAGAAGUCUCUGCGGUGUUUUACCAAUACACGAUGCUGUUUGUGGCAAUUAUUUGGAGGCAGCCAGGAUUCUGCUGCAGCAUGGAGCAAAUCCCAAUGAGAGGGAUGGUUCAGGACAGAGUGCUUUCAAUCAAGCUUGUAGUGAAGAAAUGAAAGAACUGCUGAAGUCGUAUGGUGCUAUGGACUCUCUACUUCCUGUUCAAACUGUUGAAGUUGCUGAGGUGAAAUCAAAACGUGAUUGUUACGACUGCUAUAAAAAUGAUGAUGCAGCUUUGGAGACACAGCCUGAGAAGUACAGUGUGGAGUCUGUUGCUGCUAUACAGGAUACAGAAAAGAAACAGGAAGAACUGUUGCUAUUUGAGUUAAGGACUUCUAAAGAUGCAGAUGUGUAUAUACAACGGCUGUCUCAGAUACAAGAUAAUUUGAAUGAAAUACUUGCAAACCAGAAAACAGAGAGGGAUGCCCUUGCUAAAAAAUACAGGGCUUCAGUGGAAUCAUUUAAAAAAGGUGCACUAAGGAAACAAUUAGUUUACCUUGCCUCUAGGCAAAAGAGCCUGUUGACUAUUUCCCAAAACCAAGAAAAAUUAGUGCAGAAAAUACAAAAUUACAGAAAAACAAAGCAAAUAUUCAAUUCAUCAUCAGAGAAGCAAAUCUCAAACUUAGUUAUUUUUCAUGGAACUGAUACAAGACAAAAUUUAACUGCUAAUGAAAUCAUAUGUCCUAAUGCAGUAACAUUUAGUAUGGGGCUUGGUGCCAGCACACCUAAUGGAAACAGAGUAGAAACACAUGUCUCUUUAGAAAAUAGAUUUUCAGCUCAGGAAGGCAUCCAGCACCCACACAUCUGCUUGGAUGAGACAGGAGCAAAUAAAGAAGCAAUUACAAGCAAAGAGGCUUCUGAUCAUGCUUUGGCAUCUGGAAACAGGGUAAGAGAAUAUCCCUUUGACAACAUAUCAAAGCUGACAAAUGCUGCAGAAGUGAUGACAUUGCCUUCAGAAACUACUAUUUCCACUGCUAAAACAAAGUGCUCACAGCAAAAAGACAUUGAUUGUGUAGCAAUUGAAGGACAAAGAAACAAGUCCUUAAAUCCCACUUCUAACACAUUAAAUAUUGUAGAACCUCGAAGCACUGUUGUCAGUAGGAAUGUCUAUCAGACAGCCAGUGUCUGCAAGCGGUUUCUUUCAAAUGAGGAUCGGCACAGAUAUGUGAAUAAGAAAGAAGCUUUACAGCAGCAGCAGCAGCGGCAGCCGCAGCAAGCAAUUUUGUUAGUGUCUACAAAGAAUUUCUCUAAUACUUCACAGCAAAUGGUCUUUCAGAGUAGUGAGAAUUCAUUUAAUGCCAACCUGAUGCUUACUAAUCUUACCUCAAAUACAGACUCUCCAGCAAAUACCAGUGAGAAAUCUUCACAGAGUAAUGGUAAUCAGGAGUGGGAGCAAAAACAAGUGCGAUAUAGAUGGAAGAGUAAGAAACAGCAUCAGUUGAUAGAUCUGCUUGAAUUGGGAAGGAUAAAGCCCGGAGAAAAUGUUUUAGAAUUCAAGCUGCAGGAAUUUAGUCAUAAAGCUACACUCUUAAAGAAUGGCAAGAUCAGAACCAGUAAAGGACAAAUACUACAGAAUCCAGUUCAAUGGGUUAAAGAUCUACUAGGACGUGGUAUUUCCGUGACACGGAAUUACGUGUGGAAUAAGGUUACAUAUCUUGGGACAGAAUUGUCAAAAUUUAGUGUUGGUGAAGUGUCAGUUUCCAGUGACCUGGAGUUACCAACACAGAAAGGAAACUCUUUGGGGUCUUCUGUUCAGUUCAGCUCCUUGGAAAGUCUGACACAUUUUCUUCAAUUCCAUGAGAUAGUAAUGGCACAUAAAGAGGAGUUUCUACCAUGCUCUGCAAUGGAAGAGCACUGGGAUUUCUACAAAGGAUGCAAAGAUUUUGGAUUCUAAAGACUUCUUGAAUGCUAAUACUUUUUUCUUUGCCAUCACUUAAAAGUAAACAUUUGAAAUUUUAGAAGAAGGGAUGAUGGAAAUACUGUUUGGGUAAGUGAGGAACAGAGACGUACUUAGUAGCAGGCAAGAAUGACUGCCAAUAUUUAAUUUUGUGCUGCAAGAUUAAGAUGGGGAAGUAGAUAGGACUUACACACUGAUGCUCGUUGUGAAUUAUAUUACAGGUUGAUUGCUUGGUAUGAACUUAUAAGUUUUAAUUGAAAAUUAAAAUAAUUGCCCAUGCUUGAUGGAGCAGGACAGAAACAGACUGACAUCAACACUCACAGUCACUUCUUACACCUAAAUCUAGAACUGCUGUGGCUGAGCAUAUGCUAUCAGAAAUGGCAGUGUGUGUUUGUGUAAUAACAUAAACUGUUAGGUAAGGCAAAAAAUCAAGAUGAGCAGCCUUGAAAAUCAUCAUCAGCUUUGCUGUGUGUGGCAUGUAUAUAUAUAUGUAUAUAUAUAUAUAUAUAUAUAUAUAUUAAAAAAUAUUUGAGAAGGGGGUAGGUGCUAGGUGCUCAGAGAAGAGUCUUAGCUAUUGGAAGUGCUCAGGAAAAUUCCAUUCAUGUUCCAGACAAAUCUCUCUGAUGGGCAUGUGCUGGCAUAUGACAGGAAAUGCAAUUAGCCUGUUUGCAGAACAUGAAUUUUUCCAGGUAACAGCAUCUUAGAUAUUCAUCCUGAUCUCUGGGGGAUUUUCUAUUUGUUUUAAUUUUACGUUUGUAUCUGCUUUAGCAGCAUAUUUGUAACACAUUUGACUGUUAAAAGAGUUAUCUGCAUUCAAGUGAUACUCUUGCUGUUUCAUGCUUUGGAUUAUAAGAAGAGGUGGAAUAAUAGUACCUGCUACUCCUAACUCCAGUGAAUAGGAUGGGAAGUAUCUCUUGUUAAUACAUAAUGUCAGCAAGCUAUUUGGACUGAGAAGAGCUCUUCUGCUAAGAUCUGAUUAGUGUCUUAAACAGAAGUUGGUUUAGAGAAGUAAGAGGGGUCUGAUGUGCAGAGAGCUAGUACUAUGCCCUAGGAUGCAUGAGCAAUCAUAGCCUGAUGGGCUGGUAAGAACAGGGAAGUGCCAGUGGCCUGGAAGUCAAAAAAGGUAGAAGCUGCUGAGUGACAGGUAUUUUGUAAAGCCAGUUUCACAAAGAAAGAAAAUGGAGUGUUCUCACAACUGCUGUAAUAAAACAAACCUGAAGGUGUAUUGUUUCAGAGGAAGUGUUCAUUCAAAUACUGCGCUUCCACUGAAAAGUAAAAGGUAUUUGACUGUUAAAAUGACCUCUAAAUUACAUGUUUGUUUGACAUUUUUUCUUUGUUGCAAGAUGUCUAAUAAAAUUAAUGUACAAAACUGGGAAGAAUUUGACAGUGAUGUUUUGGUUCAUUAUAUUAAUGUGAUUACAUGACCUGAGGCAAUCCUAAGAUACAGUGACAGAAAACUGAAUGAGCAAGCUGGGCAAAGAGGUAAAAAUGCAAAGUGCUGCAUGAAAACCAUUGUCUCUUACAGAUGCUGUAUGUAAAAGUAAACUACCAGUGAGGUUUUUUUCAGUUUUUAAAUUGUAUAUAAGCAUCUUGAGAAAGGCAUUAGCUUGACAACAUACGGCUUAAUAUGACUAACAAAUGUAGGAUUCUGCUCUCCAAGUCUUAAAAAUGUGAAUAUUCUCUAAUCUCCCUGCUGGAAUCCUUUGAUCUUAAUGUAAAGAUCCAUUAAGAGAUAGAAAAAACUUACACCAUCAUGUUUUGUCACUUUAAAUUUAUACUUUUUAAGUGCACUUUUGCAUAAAAGUGUAAGUGGUUGUCACUGGUCAAAGAUUGUUAGUGAUGGCAGUUGUUAGUGAUGCUAACUGCAGCAGAGUAACAAAGCUUCUGCUCACAAGUGGCAGUUCACCCUCGCAACCCCUUCUGCUGCUUUCACAAUUCAGUUUCUUUUAUUUAGUAGACCUCUUCUCCAUUCCUGGGCUGUGAAUUAGCGCUUACUGUAUAUGGUGCAUGCUAAAGUAAAAAAGGAUAUAGUGCAAAUAGUAAGGCAUUGCAGUGAACA